CCCACGUGACCGCCGGCCUGCCGCUAGCCCGUCAGCAAUAUGGCGUCUUCCAGGGGCGACGGUUGGGCCGGCCCGAGCUGGCGGCGACCCGGCAUUGUGGCUGCCGCCGCCGCCGCCGAAAGGGCUUACCCUUCGGAAACGGAAGCCGGGGCCGAGGGCCUCUAUGUGGCCGUGGAGCGCUGCCCCCUUUGCAACAGCACCCGCCGCCGCCUGACCUGCGCCAAGUGCGUCCGCAGCGGCGACUUCGUUUUCUUCGAUGGCCGCGAUUCUGAGCGGUUUUCUGAAAAAAAAGAGAGAUUAAAGCACCUUAGAAAGAAACAGCAUGAAUUCCAGUCUCAGUUGUUAACCGCUAUAGAGGGGAAGCAGAUAGCAGAUCAACUGAGAUGGAAAAUAAUGUCUUGCAAGAUGAGAAUUGAGCAGCUGAAGCAAACAAUAUGCAAAGAAAAUGAAGAAAUAGCAAAAAAUUCCGAGUGGCUUCUUAGAAUUAAAGAUGAGAACCAGAAACUUUACCGAAGGGCUCAGCGCCAUCAGGACAAAAAGGAGAAAAUCCAGAGGCACAAUCGCCGGCUUGGAGAGCUAGUAGAGAAGAAGAACUGUGACUUAAGAAGCCAUCAUGAGCAUCUGGCAGACCUCCGGCGGUCACAUGUCCUGGAAUUAACUUCUGUUAUAUUCCCUAUUGAGGAAGUGAAAAUCGGUAUGAGGGACUCCACAGAUGUAUCUUCAGAGAGCGACAAUGCCAUGACCUCCAGCACAGUAAGCAAGCUUGCAGAAGCCAGGAGGACCACCUACCUUUCUGGGCGAUGGGUGUGUGAUGAUCAUAAUGGAGACACCAGCAUUGGCAUCACAGGGCCUUGGAUAACCCUCCCCAACAAUGGGGAUUAUUCCGCUUACUACAAUUGGGUAGAAGAGAAGAAAACCACACAAGGACCAGACAUGGAGCAUAACAAUCCUGCUUAUACCAUCAGUGCUGCUUUGUGCUAUGCAACUCAGCUGACUAACAUUUUGUCACUUAUACUUGAUGUAAACCUUCCCAAAAAGCUAUAUAACAGUGAGUUCUGCGGAGAAAAUCUUAGCAGGAGGAAAUUCACCUGGGCAGUGAAAAAGCUAAAUGCCAAUAUCCUUUACCUUUGCUUUUCUCAGGUAGUUUUCAUUUGGUUUCUUUUUCCUUCUUGGAAGGCUUUACAUUGUUUCCUCCUCAUCUUUCAAGUCCUGCCUGAUGAGUAUUCUGCUUUCCUUCAUAUGCUUUUCCAGCAUGUCAACUUAGAUCUUCUGCACCCUCUACAUACACUCAGAAACCUGAUGUACUUGGUCAGCCCUGAGACAGAACAUUUGGGAAGGUCUGGACCAUUUGAGAUCAGUGCUGAUUUGGAAGAUUCCAUGGAGUUUGUGGACCCCAGCGGUGCUGGUGAAACAGAUGAGAGUGGAGAUGAGCACAUAAGUGAUGAAGAAACUGACCUUGGAACAGACUGGGAGAACCUGCCCAGCCCACGGUUCUGUGAUAUCCCCUCCCAGCCGUUAGAGAUGCUGCAGAGCCAGAGCACGCAGGCUUCUCAACCAAUAGCCAGCAGCAGUGCUGGUGGCAUGAUCUCCUCAGCAGCAGCCUCAGUUACCUCUUGGUUUAAGGCAUACACUGGACACCGCUAAUAGUUGGGCCUCUAUGACCCACUGUCACUGUAGAAGACUUUGAGUCUGUUCAGUAGUGCCUGGAACGGGUGGGGGGGUGAUGGUCUGACAUUCAUUUGCAGAAGCUCCAGCAGCUCUUCAUUUGCUCAAGGUGUAAGUUCCUCCCAUUUUCUGACACGUGCAAUGGAAUUCAGCAGUUCUGAGUCAGUCUUUGUGUGUGUGUGCGUGCGUGCGUGCGUGCUGAAGAGGAAAGAAUUACCUGCACAUUUUGUUUCUAAUCUGCAUUUUUUAAAGAAGCUAAGAAAGGCAAUCAUUUGAAGCAUGGAAAGAGGAAGAGAAUCAUGGAAGAAAGCAAUCUGAGACUCAUGCAAAUGCUUAAACUCAUCCUGGUCAAUCGGUUCGAGCAAUGCCCUUGGACUUCUUGGUUUUAUGGAGUAUGCAUCAUUUACAAACUUAUCACACAAAUGUACGUUUCAGGAACCUUCUGGCAAAUGAUGCUUUUUUAAUGAGUUUCUAAACUCUGUUGCCAUAAUUUUAAUACAGAAAACCAUCCUUUUUAAAAAAACAAACUACUGGCGAUAAUUAUAUCUUUUGUAUGUGUUGCAUUCAUCCAUUAGAAGAUCUUUCUGAAUGUCUGUCACAGUGAGCCACCCAGAGUUCCCAGGCUCCUUGUUCUAGCACCAGACACCAAAGAAAGGCUGGCCCAUAAUAAUUUGCAAAUAGAGAGCCACUCUGCUGUGGUCAGAAAGUUUGUGUCCAUACAUUCUUUCAUAGGAUGGAAGCACACUUCUCUUGCAGUUUGGUUUUGUGUACUACUUGUUCUCUGUCUUUUGGAAAGCUGGCACUCCUGAGAUGAGAAUAUGAGGACUUCUCCUUUUUGUGUCCUGUUAGUGGAUGCAGCAUGUUGUACAUAGAAUUUAAAUCUGUUGUGAUUUUGUUUUGAAUUUUGGAGAGAUUUUAGAAGUAAAAAAGCUUUCCAUUUUCGUUGUAUUAUUCUUGUCCAUCUUUCUUUAACAUGGGUUUAUAUAUUAGAUCUAUUUCAGAUCUGCUUCCUGGGCCGUCGGUCAGUUUGCAUGUCUGUUUGUUUUUGUCCGCACAUUGUUGGCUGUCCAUGCCGAGAUCAGAACUUGGGGGUUAGGCAGUUUUACAUUACUCUUCCCAUUAAAACGGACGAGGGGCAGUCUUGCAAGUCAGGCUAAUUUGAGGAUUCAUCACGUCUUUCAUACCAACAUAUCUUUACUUGAUCAUAAAAAUUAUUGACUCUCAUUGAGCGCAUCUUCCAAACCAUUAUGUGUGGAACUGCAGUGAAAAAAAAUGUAACCAAUAGGUCUGGUUAGGAGUUGCUUAUAUUGUAAUGGAGUAAGAAAAUGGCAUGUGGUCAUUUGCUCCUUCAUAAAGCAGUUUCUGCCUUCAUAUUGCCUAGUGAUCCAAAAUAAAUUGGCUAGGCAACUAUAGCUUCUGUUACAUCAUUUAUAUGCUGCCCCAUUUGUUUUUAGUUAAUAGUCCUAGCAAAGUGAGUUUAAUGUUUUUAUGCCUUGGAAGCCAGUUCAGCCUUUCAGCAGAGCAGGUACACUGAUGGUGUGGCAAAUUCUCCCUUGAAGAAUAGACAUACAAUGCUUGUCCAACAUGAAUGCUUUGGAGAUUCUGUGUUGGGGGCACUUUUUUCUUGUAUUAUAAAGAUUUGCAAUUAUGCAAGAACUUCUGAAUUGGCAAGUAAGUUUUAUUCAGUGUUUCUGCAAUGGUCUAGUUAAGCCUGGAAUGCAUAUAAGGAAGUGCAUAGGGUUUUAAAUAACACUGCUAUGCAGAUCCCCCCCUUCCUCUCCCUGCCAGAUAGGGAUUUAUCUGGAUGAUAGGGAAACUACUCCUUCAUAUUUCUGUUGGUAAACCAAAGAUUGCUUUAGUUAGGUGUUUUGAUUUAAAACCAGAUGGUGUGAUUCUUCCAUUCAUAAGACUUAGUAUAGAAAGAUAGCAAUACAAUGAUUACUGGCUUCUGUAGAAGCCAUGUUGAUUUACAAAGUGGCAGGAAUUGGAUGGAAUUGUGAGUGACUUUAGGCUUUGUCUCAAAGAUCUUUGGUGACAUGGGAUUGUCCUUUUACCUAUUUCUGUUAAUGAAACAAGUGAAAAUUUGUAAGAAGAAAGGCACUUUAUUAGUUGCAGGUGAUAUGGGCUGCUUAACAUUGUGACUGCAAGGUGGGGGAGAUGGCAAGCGAGCUCUCAACAUUGUAAAUACCUUUACUUUUCCUCUUCUGUUGUGUGUUUCUUUAUUUCUCCUGCUUAUUUUUGAAUGCAAACACUUGGAAAUCAUUUCUAGUGAACUUGGGGGAAAUAAGUUAAAAAGCCAGUAAGCCAUGAAUCCUUUUUGCUUGUCAAUUUCAACUUCUUAAAAUGAUGCCUCUCUCCUUCAACACUAGAACUUGGCUUUGGAGGCCACCAAAAGGCAUCCAAAUAGUAAUAAGGUAGUGUGCUGCUCCCUUUCAAGGAAAAAAAAUGUAUUUUUUAAAAAAAAACAUUUUUACACUUCUUAGAGCUGUCUGGAGAAGCUACAAAUACGUUUCUAAAAUUACCAUGCAAUAGAGAAACAUUCUGCUUCAUUGACACGGCUACCAUUGAUGGGUAUCCUGGGUUUACAUCACUAAUUGUGCAUUUUUUGCAAGAUGUUAUGGUAUCAACAAAGGUAGAGCUGUAUGUUUAGGCCCAAGAGUUUCAACAUGCUUAAUGGGUUACUAGAAAUACAGUAAGCUGUUUGCUGCUUGGAAAUUGGCUCUCCAAACAAGGAUUGCUAAUGGAAUAUCCCUAAAUCCAUAGCCUUUUUUUUUUUUAGCUCAUGACCUUGUGGUGCCAUUUUCAAAACUAGUAGUUCUAACUUAAUGCAAAUGUGUUUUUAAAAUUGUACUACUGCAAUAAAUCUUUGGGUUUUUUUAAAGAUUGCUUGGCUUGAUUUAUACUGUUCUGAUAUUAUGGUUAUCAUUUGAACUAUUACUUACUGUCCAAGUUCAUGGGUUUCAGUUGCAGAACACUGUGAAAGAGAAAAUACACAUUUCAUGCUAAAAAUAUCUAGUAUUUACAUUAUCAAGGACUUACCUAAAGAAGAGAUUAAUCAUGAAUCCUUGCCCUGGUUAUAACCUGACUGAGUCCUUUUUUUCCUAAUUUGUGAUGCAUUUUAGCCAUCCAGAUGUAGCUAAUUUUACAACUAAGAUGAAAAUUGAAAGGAAGCCUAUAAAUGACAUGUUAUCUGUAAAUAUUGGAACUAAUAAUUGACAGAAGCCCGUUAUAUUUGAAUGUUGGGAUCAAAUUUAGGUUUGAAUCAAACUUUUUUUUAGCAAUUUCCUAGCAGUUCAAACGCUACUACAACCUUGUUGUAGUGAUGAUAAGAACCUGGCUUCUGUCAAGAGCUGUAUUAUAUAGCUAGUAUGUUCUGAAUACAUAGAAGGGAAAUUACACAUUUAGCUGUAACAUCACCAGAGGUUGGGGGAUGAAUUCACAGGAUGGGAAGAGGCUGGUAAGGGUGCCUUGGCAUGCUUACUGAAUAGCGGUGACAAGGGAAGGUGUGCAGCUGGUGAAGUAGCUAAAGCUCCAAAUGACAGCUCUACUAGCCACUUGCAGACAGCAGAAGAGGCUCACUGGCUUGUCUUUCUUUCAUGGAGAAUUGGCUUUCUUAUAGUGUUGCUGUGCUCUCUUAAAAAAAAAAACUCCAUUGAGAAAUCUCCAAAUAAUUCAGAUAGGGUGGGAAAACAAAUACUUGGUGAUCUAUAUCUUUGGAUGCUUUACAGCAAGUAAGUGCUUCUGAUUCAGAAGUCAUCUUUGGAGUGAACUCAGUUUCUGAUGAUCACAUUGAUGUAUGUUCUUACCAAUAAAAGAUUUAUCACUG